CACUCCUCCACCUCGUGCUUCCCCCGGUAGCGAUCUCUUCGUCGCUCGGAGCGCAUCGCCGCCGCCGCCGCCGCGUCCUCCACCAUGCGCCGCUUCGUCGCCGACCGGGCGCGCCGCGCGGCGGCCGCCUCUCUGCGCGCGGCCACCAGAUCAGGCGCGCCGUCCGCUGGCCGCCCCUCGCCGCCGCCGUCCCCGGCGGCGGCGGCUGCGGCCAUGGCUUCCGCCAUGGUGAGGGCCAUGUCGACGGCGCCAGUGUCGCUCGACACCAUCAACCCCAAGGUAUUGAAGUGUGAAUAUGCUGUCCGUGGAGAGAUUGUAACACAUGCUCAGAAUUUACAGCAAGAAUUACAGAAAAACCCAGAAUCACUUCCUUUUGAUGAGAUACUUUAUUGCAACAUUGGAAAUCCCCAAUCUCUUGGCCAGCAGCCAGUUACAUUUUUCAGAGAAGUUUUGUCGUUAUGUGAUCAUCCAGCUCUGCUGGAUAAAAGUGAAACUCAUGCUCUGUACAGUUCAGAUGCUAUAGAGAGAGCAUGGCAAAUUCUGGACAAAAUCCCAGGAAGAGCGACAGGGGCCUAUAGCCACAGUCAAGGUAUAAAGGGUUUGCGUGAUGAAAUUGCUGCUGGAAUUGCUGCCCGUGAUGGUUUUCAUGCAAGUGGAGAUAACAUAUUCCUAACAGAUGGAGCAAGCCCAGCAGUGCACAUGAUGAUGCAAUUAUUGAUAAGAUCUGAACAGGAUGGCAUUCUCUGCCCUAUUCCGCAAUACCCACUCUACUCCGCAUCAAUUGCUCUCCAUGGUGGUUCUCUUGUUCCUUAUUUCCUUGAUGAAGAGACAGGUUGGGGACUGGAGGUUGAUGAGCUUAAGAAACAAUUGGAGGAGGCUCAGUCUAAGGGUAUCACUGUUAGAGCACUUGUUGUUAUAAAUCCAGGAAACCCAACUGGACAGGUUCUUGCUGAGGAAAAUCAAAAGAAAAUUGUCGAAUUCUGCAAAAAUGAAGGACUUGUUCUUCUUGCAGAUGAGGUGUACCAAGAAAACAUAUAUGUUGAAGACAAGCAAUUCCAUUCUUUCAAAAAGAUUGCACGAUCAAUGGGAUACACUGAUGAUGAUCUUCCCUUGGUAUCAUUCCAAUCAGUUUCUAAAGGUUACUAUGGAGAAUGUGGAAAACGAGGAGGCUAUAUGGAAGUAACUGGAUUUAGUGCUGAUGUAAGGGAACAAAUUUACAAGGUGGCAUCAGUAAACCUGUGUUCCAACGUCUCUGGCCAAAUACUUGCUAGCCUCAUAAUGAACCCACCAAAGGCUGGGGACGAAUCUUAUGAAUCCUUCAUGGUAGAGAAAGAUGGGAUCCUCUCAUCACUGGCUCGACGUGCAAAGGCUUUGGAAGAAGCCUUCAAUAGCUUAGAAGGCAUCACAUGCAACAAGGCCGAGGGUGCAAUGUACCUCUUCCCUCGCAUCCAUUUGCCUCAGAAAGCAAUUGGAGCUGCCCAGGCAGCUGGUACUGUCCCAGAUGCAUAUUAUGCCCGCCGCCUUCUUGAAGCUACUGGAAUUGUAGUUGUUCCUGGCUCUGGAUUUGGGCAGGUUCCUGGAACGUGGCAUUUUAGAUGCACAAUUUUGCCACAAGAGGACAAAAUACCAGCAAUCAUAUCCAAGUUCAAGGAGUUCCAUGAGAAGUUCAUGGAUGAAUACCGGGAUUAAGCAUCAUUUGAUGCCCUUACUCAAACUUGGCUUUUCUUUCAGAGGCAUGCCAUCAAACUUCUAAUCAAAAUAAUAAGAUCAUCCAUUCGCACCACCCCAAUUCAGUGGAUUGGUCAAUGUAACUUGCCUCAGCUCUCAUUACAGUCAGAAUGAGAAGUUGAAAACUUACAAAAUGUUGUAGAAUUUCCUACUAGAGAAAACAUAAACUUUGCCUUCUGUUUGGCAUGUGAGAAGUGUCUUAGGCCUGACCGUCCGAGAGAUGUAGUAGUAACAAAUUACUCGAACUUUGAGGCCUACUGAAAUGCCCCCAGCACAUCCCUGAAAUUUUGGCUAAUUCUACGGGGAAUCUUACUGUCCAGAUGUUCCAGUUUUCUUCUGCUCCUUUGACGAUGCUACAUUGCUAGUACAUGUAAAGACACAUUGCUACCUACUGCCAGAUACCCCCCUAUGUCUGAACUGAAUCAACUGAUAAAGAGAAGUUUGAUCAGCAGGAGUG